AGCCGAGUUUCCUGAGGCCGAGGGCGAGUUUUUAUGAAACUUGUUGGACUUCAUUCCAGAACGUACCGGUACGUACGGCUUCUACACGGUGGCUUCUACACUUUUAGCUAGCUCUGCUGCCCGUACUUUCGGGGGCCGGCCGACGUAACGGUGCGCUAGCGCUAGCUAGCUGAGCCGCGAGGAAUCGUCUCACACUCACGUAAAAACUGAUUCAAUGCCAGUGGUGAGGUCAUCUGUGAACAAAUUUAACAUUUAGACUGUGCCGACUCUGGAUUGGAGAUUAAAUGUUAUCGGUAAUUGUAGCCUGCUGAGACAUGUAGGCCUAAGAUUGAUUGAAAGUGAACUUCAGUCGCGGAGACGAGACACUGGGAAGUUGAGACAAGCAGACUGCCUCCAUGUAAAGGUGCUUUAGUAUGCAAGGUAGCGAGGUGAGCAUAGGAGCUCAGGAGAAGAACAGUAAGGAUAGUCAUCAGCAUCGAGUCCCACUCAUAGAAGAUCCUCACAUGGUCGAGGUGUCUGUUAACCUCAAGGGUGAUGGCAGGCAAGCCAGCCAGAUAUCAUCAUCCCAUGGAAAUGUUUGGCGUAAGAUUGUUUCAUCCCUACUGGCUGGGGCAGCUGCUGGAGCUGUUGCCAAAUCGGUCAUUGCUCCCCUGGAUCGUACAAAAAUUCUCUUUCAGACAUCAGAUAUGAAGUUUUCUGUAAGGAAUGCAGUUGGUGUUCUUAGAGAUGUGUACCAGAAGGAAGGAUUGGUCGCAUUGUGGAGGGGUAAUUCAGCAACGAUGGUCCGAAUCAUCCCAUAUGCUGCUAUCCAGUAUGCAGCGCAUGAACAGUACAAAAAACUCCUCAACACCCAAAAUACACAGAACCUAACCCCUGCACGACGAUUUUUGGCAGGGUCUCUUGCAGGUGUUACAGCAGCUUCCUUGACAUAUCCAUUGGAUGUCCUCAGGGCUAGGAUGGCAGUUACUCACAGAACAAGUUACAAAGGGAUCUUGUCAAUGUUCCUAAUGACACUCAGGUUGGAUGGAAUGUCCAGUUUCUACAGAGGUUUUCUCCCUACAGUACUAGGUGUUAUACCCUAUGGGGGCAUCAGUUUCUUCACAUAUGAAACCCUCAAGAAACGACAUAGAGAGUACACAAAUGCUGCGGAGCCAAGUCCUACAGAAAGGCUUGCGUUUGGAGCAGUUGCAGGUCUGUGCGGCCAGUCAGCAUCCUAUCCCUUGGAUGUCAUCAGACGACGUAUGCAGACGGCAGGAAUUACCAAGUACUCCUAUGACUCUGUCCUGAAUACAGGGAGGAACAUUGUGCAGGAAGGUGGUGUGAUUGGAGGCCUGUACAAGGGGCUCAGUAUGAACUGGAUCAAGGGACCUGUUGCAGUAGGAAUCAGUUUCACAGUCUUUGACCUGACCUUGAAAUGGUUGUCUCAGACGUACUUCUUCAGGGACGAUUCAUAAUCCUGCGCUCAUGAGGAAUCUAUGCAGUGUGUGUUCUGUUCAAAACAUCAGUGAUUUUAUCUUAUUUCCAAGUUCUUAUCUUCCUCGUACAAGAUCUGUACUGCAUUCUGUGCAUCCUGCUUGCAUGACCAGUCAAAGUGAAAUUGAAAAUAAGACUCCUAGGAUGAGAUUCAUAAACAGCAGAGGUCAGUCCAGUUGUGUUAACAAAUUUGUUCAUUGUUCCUUUUACAGUUCUAUGUAUGUCUUAAUGCACAUUCAGUUUGCAUACAAUGCAUUAAAGCAGCGCUUCUCAACCUUUGUUUACUCGAGGAUCACUUUGACUCUCAAUUUUUUUUCGAGGCCCACCUACCAAAAUGUUAAGAAAGCGAUAUGACUACUUGUCUUGACUCAAAGAUAGAUUAUAAUGGGCAUAUUAGUGCCCAUAACCUUUAGGUAGCCUGGCCUUUGAGCCCCUCCUCCAAACGUAUACAACCAUGACAACAUAUUGUUAUUAAUAAUAAGAAUGCAGAAUACCUUCAACAAUCGACACACAUUGCUUAUGAUUUUGCAUCACUGUCAGUUAUGAUGAAUCCAAAUUUAAUGUAUUCAGGUUCAUAUUUUCUUACAGUUACAUUCAGAGUCUUUUCAAUUUGUUUCCUCCCUGGCCCUUUUUAAAUCGCUUUAAAAAGUGUCAAUUUUGAUGUAAGAAUGUUUUCGUGAAAUUUGAACUCAAAGUCCGGAAGCACGUUUGAAACAAACAGUUCAAGAACUUACUGCAUUCGCAAAGGUCCGAUAAAUGGGCGACAAUUAACUUGAUAAGGUUCACAUCUAAGUUAGAUCGAAACCAUAUAUUACAACAUGCAUAAAGCAUGCUUUAGCUUUGUUUUACCCACGACCGACCGAUCAAACAUAAAAUAUUUAGGCUGUCAGACAGGUCCAGGUCUGUGAAACAUACUAUAGUUUUUCCCCCAUUUUUUUUUCUUCCUCUGGAGCUUCUCGCGGCCCACCGUUUGAGAAGCGCUGCAUUAAAGGAUACUGUUUCCUAAUUGUCUUUGCCAGUUGCAUGGAAUUGACAGUAAUUG